AUUGGUAUUUCCCACCGAAAGUUCUUCACGGUGUUCUUAAGCGAUCGCCCAUGAUUCCUUGGAAGAUCAAUGGGAAACAAGAGGUACCUAGGCUUAGAACUCAAGAGAUCUCUCAUUUCGGGGCUUCCAAACGAUGUCGCGCGCCACUGCCUCGCCAAGGUCCCCAGGAUCUACCACCGCAGCAUGCGAUCGGUGUCAAGAACUUGGAAGAAAACGCUCGAGAGUGAGGAUUUCUUCGCGGUAAGAAGGAAAUCUGGCAUCGCCGAUGCCUGGCUCGUCGUGAUCCUCAUGGAAAAUGGCCACAACUCCUACUGCAUUUACAAUCUCGCCUCCAAAUCCUUGUUGCUCAAAGCGCCUCUUCCAGAUCCUCCACUGCCCACGGGGCUAGAAAUCGGCGAUGUGGGCGGAGGAGGAUUCGCCACAUUCAAGACCGCGGCGGUGGGCGCUCUCCUCGUCGUGCUGGAAUCCAGGACGAGCUCUCGCCGAUCGAGUGUGGAGAACCACACCCGGAUCUUCGAUUCCAUCAAGAACAAGUGGCGGGCGGGAUCGCCGCCAACUGUCGCGCGGUCGCAGUUCGCCAUGGCGACAGUGAAUGGUACGGUCUACGUCGCGGGGGGCUGCGACCACGACGGUGACUUUGUCCCUGCGACCGAGUCCUAUGACGUUGCGACCGACACGUGGACGCAGCGGUCAACCAUGCCGUACAACAACCUCGACCGGGUUGACUGCAAGGUGGUGUUCCAGGGUAAGCUUUACGUCCGGGUGUUCUCUUCCACGCGUUGCGAGGUGCUGGUCUAUGAUCCUGGUAGCGAUUCCUGGCACCGCGAUUCUUCUGGGAUGAGUGCCAUGGAUCAUGGAGAACUCGUCGCUACUUCCAGCGGGAUUUACAGCUUGACAGCCUCGGAUUGCCUCUACAAGUUCGUGGAUGGGGAAUGGGUUCUUGCCGGGAGCAUCCAGCGCAAGCCAUCUUCGUCUUCCUCGUCUCCGGCUUUCAAUGUCCACUCGCAGCGGGCAUUUGGGCUCCGGGAUGAGAUCUUCGUCCUGGGCGCUGGUGAUCUCUCUUGCGUGAUUGGGGAGGAUCUCGUUUGCCACGGAUUGUUCCUGGGGAGUUCUUGGUUUAGAGCUGGUUCCGUGGUCAUGGGAUAGAGCGAUCCUGCUAGAUGAGCUUGCGGCGAAUUCGAGUGCUCCGCGAGUGGCUCCACACGGCAGCGGCAUCGGUGAUUGGUGACAAUGUCAAGUUCUUGGAGACCGAUGUGGAUGGGUGGAAGGGAAAGUAUGGAGAUCUCCCGCGAGCCGUGGUGCCGUGAUCGAGCAAGCAGGGGAGAUCAGCAUUAACACGGCAGUGUCGAGAGGCUUUGUGUCCCUUCUCAAGUGGUGCGUACAAGAGAAUAAUCUAGCACAAGUUCGUCGCGUGCACGGCUUUGUUUCCGCGAGGCAUCCCGGCUGCGCGGAAGACCAGUUCGUGGGAGACAUGAUACUACAGGCAUAUCGGAAGCUUGGCGAGCUUGGUCUAGCAUAUAAGGUGUUUGCUGGCAUCUGGAACAGAGAUCUUUUCUCGUGGACUAUCAUGAUCGCAGCGUUUCCAUAGAAUGGGCAUUUUGCCGAGGCGUUGUUGCUGUUUAGACGAAUGGAGCUCGAUGGUGUGAAGCCAUCGCCGGUGACUUGCGUCACUGUUCUUGCUUCCUUCACGGUUCGAAGGCUUCUCCCGCAAGCUAGAAAGUUCCACGCAAGGAUCACAGCUCUGGGCCUGGAAUCAAACGUUAUAGUUGGCACAGCGGUGAUCACAAUGUAUGGGAAAUGUGGGAGCUUGAGCUAGUCUUCGAGAGAAUGCCGCAAAAGAACCUCGUCACCUGGACGACGCUGAUAUCGAGCUAUGCCCAGCAUGGCCAUGGCAGAGAAGCGAUGGAGAUUUUCGAGAGGUUGCUUGCUCAUGGAGGCCUCGAACCCGAUGCGGUUGCUUGCGUGAGCGCUCUCGACGCUUGCUCGAGCAUGGCAUCGCUGGAGCAAGGCAGAAAAGUUCACAGGAUCGUCGUCUCGAGGGGAUUCGAGAGCAACACAGUCGUAGCAAAUGCUCAUGUAUGGAAAAGGCGGGGCUCUGGAAGAAUCAAGAGCAGUGUUUGACACGAUCCAACACAAGAAUCGCAACUCCUGGAACUGCAUGCUCACGGUUUACGUCCAAGGGGGCCACUUACACGAGGCGAUGGAGCACGUAACUCUCCUCUGCGGAGGUCGGAAUAGGAACACAGGGGUAUCAGGAAAGAUUUUGCAGUCGGUUUAAUCUAGAAAAGAGUUGUGGAUGUUACAGCU